UUGUACGCAUGCGCGACCGCAACCUCCGCUACCCCCUGCUCUGACGGCAGGCUGGCCGGAGACCGUAUCCGAUUCUGCCGCUUGUUGUGCCGCUUCUGCCGCUGGCUUCCAGUCCACGUUACUUUUGGACGCGCUGUCCGGAUCAGUUUUCUCCUCUCCGGCGUUGGUCAGCGGACACUCGUUGGAGGAAGACUCGAGAGGCCAACAGCCGGGAGGCGUCUGACUGCAUGUAGAGGCAAAGAGGCAGGACUCUGGCUCCAACCUAGACCCUCCCAAGACCCCCCCCACGGCCUGGACAUGAGGUCGUUCCGAUCAUUUGUAAACGACGACCGUCACGUCAUGGCCAAACACGCCAGCAUCUAUCCGGCACCGCAGGAGCUGGAGGCAGUCCAGACGCUGGUGUCCACAGUAGAGGGAGCUCUCAAGAAGGUCUCUGAUUGGAUGGACGGCCUCAAACAGUCCUCAGAGAAGACUUCCACUAAAAAUGAGGCAAAGGAGAGCGACACAGAGGAGAAAGAUGCUGCAGAGACAAACUCUGAUGGAACAUCGACGCUGUGUGGGGUAACGCGUGUCGGCCUGGUGGCCAAAGGCCUGCUGAUCAAAGGUGACAUGGACCUGGCACUGGUGCUGAUGUGUAGAGAGAAACCCACCAAACUACUUCUGUACACCAUCAGUGCCAACCUGCCCCUGCAGAUCCAGACAAUGACGGACGAAAAAUAUGAGGUGCGGUCGUGCGUGCCCGAGGCGGCCAUCCAGGUCUGCAGCACCAGGGACCCCCAGCUUACUCUGAAGAUCACCCUGUCCUCCUUAGCCAUGAGGGAGGAGCCCAGCACCACAGAAGAGAGGGGAGGUCUGGGUCGGGAGCAGGAGGAGGAAGAGGCCCUAGACGGGCGGAAGUGCAGCGCAGCGCUGGCUGCACUCCGACACGCCAAAUGGUUCCAGGCCAGAGUCGCAGACCUCAAGUCCUGUGUCAUCGUUCUGAGGAUUCUUAGAGACGUGUGCAACCGCCUGCCUGUGUGGCAGCCCCUCAAAGGAUGGCCCCUGGAGCUGAUCUGUGAGAAGGCCAUAGCCACCUGUAACCGGCCGCUGGGCCCCGGCGAAGGCCUGCGUCGCGUUAUGGAGUGCAUCGCCUCAGGGGUCAUCCUCCCAGGAGGUCCUGGAGUUCACGACCCCUGCGAGAGGGAAGCAACAGACGUCCUGUCAGACCUCAGCGCCCAGCAGGCGGAAGCCCUCACACACUAUGCACAGCAUGCAUUACGUCUCCUGGCAUUUGGACAACUUUACAAGGUGCUGAAUAUGGAUCCUCUGCCUGCCAACAAGCCUUCUGCGAGGCUAUUAGAAGGCGGCUGUCAGAAGAGGCUCCGGGAGGACGUGGGGUCAGAUGACAGAGACCUUAUCAAAAGGAUGAAAGUCCUGGACUGGAGGAUGACCGAUCCAAAUCACCCCAUGAAUGCCCUUAUGCGUCUGAACCAGAUCCAUCCAGGCCUUCAGUACCGCCUGCUGUCCCAGUCGGGCCCCGUCCACGCCCCAGUCUUCACCAUGUCUGUGGAGGUCCAGGGAACCACAUAUCAGGCCACCGGGAACUCAAAAAGAACAGCAAAGCUCCAAGUCGCCCUGAAAGCACUGCAGGCUCUGGGCUUUGCUCUCACCUGCGACGGAGACGUUGACUCUCUGAGUGCCGACGAGAAAUCAGAUGGUGAAGGAAAGAACGACAGGAUGUCCACCAGCUCUAGCUCCACGUCCAUCACCUCCUCUUCUGAGCCACAGGAGUCCAGGGCUCUGGGUCCGAUCCUGACGGCGGGGGGGAAAAACCCGGUGAUGGAGCUGAACGAAAAGCGCCGUGGACUCAAGUACGAGCUGAUCUCAGAGAGCGGAAGCAGCUACGACAAACGCUUUAUCAUAGAGGUGGAGGUGGACAAACAGGUGUUCCGGGGGACGGGGCCCAAUAAGAAGGUUGCAAAGGCCAGUGCCGCGCUCGCCGCUCUGAACAGCCUCUUUUCUGGCUCCAAGUCGACGAGCAACAAGAAAAAGCGUCCAAACCCCCCACCAAAGCGGCCAGUGUCCUCGGUGCUGACCAUCCCGACCCUCGCUGCCAGACCACCACGCGUCCCGGUCAUACCCAGGGCUCCAUACAUCAGCGCCCCCCCCACACAUGGCUACAUCCCUCCAGGUUUUGGUGCUCCUUACGGCUACAGCCCUGCAGGCUCCCUCCCUGCUUACGGUGGCCUGUACAUUGACAGUGCUUAUUACCAGCCGCAGACCGUAGCCACACCUAUAAUCAUCCAUCUGGGCCCUCAGGACCUGUUCUGA